AUGUCGCUCAGCAACAAGCUCGCGAUCACCGACGUCGACGUCAAGGGCAAGCGCGUCCUCGUCCGAGUCGACUUCAACGUCCCUCUCGACAAGGAGACCAACUCCAAGAUCACCAACAACCAGCGCAUCGUUGGCGCCCUCCCAACGAUCAAGUACGCAAUCGACAAUGGCGCCAAGGCAGUCGUCCUCAUGUCCCACCUCGGUCGUCCAGACGGCCACCCGAACCCCAAGUACUCCCUCAAGCCCGUCGCCGCUGAGCUCGAGAAGCUUCUCGGCAAGAAGGUGACCUUCACCGAAGACUGCGUUGGCCCAGAAGCCGAGAAGGCCGUCAGUGGCGCAUCGAACGGCGACGUGAUCCUCCUCGAGAACCUGCGCUUCCACGCUGAAGAGGAGGGCUCAAGCAAGGACAAGAAUGGCAACAAGCAGAAGGCAGACAAGGCCGACGUUGAGAAGUUCCGCAAGGGCCUGACAGCGCUUGGUGACAUCUACAUCAACGAUGCAUUCGGCACUGCGCACCGCGCUCACAGCUCUAUGGUCGGUGUAGACCUCCCACAAAAGGCCUCUGGCUUCCUCGUCAAGAAGGAGCUGGAAUACUUCGCCAAGGCCCUCGAGAACCCACAGCGUCCCUUCCUCGCUAUCCUUGGCGGUGCGAAGGUCUCGGAUAAGAUUCAGUUGAUCGAGAACAUGCUUGACAAGGUCAACAGCUUGAUCAUUUGCGGUGGUAUGGCCUUUACCUUCAAGAAGGUGAUGGACAACAUGGCGAUCGGCAACUCCCUCUUUGACGAGGCCGGCAGCAAGAAGGUCAAGGAACUGGUCGAGAAGGCCAAGAAGCAGAACGUCACCAUCACUCUCCCCGUGGACUACAUCACCGCCGACAAGUUCGCGGCUGAUGCGAAGACUGGAUACGCUGAGGAUAAGGAUGGUAUCCAGAACGGCUGGAUGGGUCUAGACUGCGGCGAGAAGAGUAUCGAGCUGUACAAGAAAGCCAUCGACGACGCAAAGACGAUUCUCUGGAACGGUCCCCCGGGUGUGUUCGAGAUGGAGGCGUUUGCGAAUGGUACCAAGAAGACUAUGAAUGCGGCUGUGGAGGCGGCGCAGAAGGGCAAGAUCGUGAUCAUUGGUGGUGGUGACACGGCGACUGUGGCGGCGAACUAUGGGGUGGAGGAUAAGUUGAGCCAUGUUAGCACUGGUGGUGGUGCUUCACUUGAGUUGUUGGAGGGUAAGGAUUUGCCGGGUGUGAGUGCUUUGAGCGAGAAGUCGUAA